GGUGAUCCGAAGCCAUCCUACGCGAUGGACCCAGCCGACGAGCAUGACAUGGAGAAUACGGGCGGAGGAACCGUAGCCAACGGCGCCAAUGGAACAAAUGGGACAAAUGGAGCCAAUGGUUCGCACCAGACGCCGGAAGGUUCUUUGUAUCAAGAAGACAAAUCGGAAGACGAAUCGGAAAUAGAUGAGGAAAUGCAAGACGAAGAGGAUUUACUAUCUCCGCCACUUCAAGUUAAUCCGCAAACCUUGGAUGCAACUAGUAUGUCUUCGUUAGCACACUUGAGCAAUUUAAUGAACGUGCAUCAUCAACAGUGCACUCCGCAACAGUUACUAUCGAAGCUUAGAAUGGAGCACAGCGAGGUAGACAUGUUACAAAGUAGAAAUAAUUUGGAGGCUCUGCAGGCUGCAAUGUCCAGCGGUACCUUCAGCAAUUUAUUUCCACCGUUAUACAUGUCGUCGCCGCCACCACCGCCACCUCCACCACUACCGCCUCAGUCGUCACAAAACAAUCAUUUGCAAGUCAUGGGAAAUAUUGGGAAUCAAAUCGUUGACAAUCAAUCGAUGACUUGCCCCACUUCUUCCUCCAGACCUGCUUCCACUUCGCAGUCCAACGAAUCGCCACCUCGCUGCAGGAAUAACGGAGAAUCCUCGCAGGGAAGCUCCAGAAAUAACGGAGAAUCUCGCGAGGGUGAAGCUCGUGCAGUGAAUAAUCAACAUCCGUCCGGGGCCAAUUGGAGCUUCGAAGAACAAUUCAAACAGUUGUAUGAGCUGGAUGAUACCCAUGAUCGGAAGUUAUUCCUCGACGAACUCUUCACUUUCAUGCAGAAUAGAGGGACACCUAUCAGCCGAUUGCCCAUCAUGGCAAAAUCCGUAUUGGAUCUCUACGAGCUUUACAAAUUAGUGGUACAGCGAGGUGGAUUGGUCGAAGUAAUCAAUAAGAAGCUGUGGCAGGAAAUUAUCAAGGGUCUCCGGCUACCAGCGAGCAUCACUUCCGCCGCGUUUACUUUGCGAACUCAGUACAUGAAAUAUCUGUAUCCAUAUGAGAAAGAGAAGGAAGGCCUGUCUACCCAGGAACAGCUUCAGACGGCUAUCGAGACAAAUCGUCGCGAGAGCCGUAGGAACAAUUACGCUUACUCUGACAAUCAAGUACCUCGCAACCAGCACAACACGCUGCCGCCGAAUUCGAUUAUGCCGCUCUCCAUCGCUCAAAUGGCGGUAGCCGCGAACGAAUCGCAGCAUCACGUCGUGAACGGACAUCCGCACGCUUCGCAACACCAUCCGCAACAUCUUGCACCAAAUAUAGGACCUAAUCAGCUUUCAGACUAUAUGCUGAAGCUAUUGAGAGAUAGAAACGUAAUGUCGAAUCCGAUGAUCCAAGGCACGUCGACACCGCCGCCAGCGGACGGAUUUAAAUCUGGAUUUCAUUUAUGGAAUACGAUGUACAAUCAGGGUAAUAGUAAUAUUUAUCCAGGGAUGCCACAGCCAGCCUUUUCUCCAACCUCGUCCCACUCGCCAUUAGCACCGACAAGCAGCCCUGAACCUCAGAGAGAAGCUUUGGAUCUCGCAAAUUCUGGACACAGAACGGAUCCAGUAUCUUCUCCAACCCCUAGUAGGUCCAUAAGUUCGCCACCGUCGGGUGGGGAUUCGAAGAGGAAUCAAGAGGCUGCUGAUCUCUCAUCCCCCACAUCUGCAAAAAAAAUGUGUUUAUCUGAUGACGAAACACAUAAUAUUGUCCAUUCGCUGCGAAUCAAACAAAUGGCUAGUUCCCGAGAAAAUAAACGAAGAGAACUAGAAAUUAGUAUAGAUAUCGAUGGUAUUUUGUACGAGGGUAUUCUGGCAGUUAAACAUACCAAGCAGGAGACUAGUAGCAACGGCAGUACCUCAUCGAGUCCUGAUAAUAAUGGGAAACGAACACAAAAUAACGAAUCAUGAACAUUUUAAAGACACAUGAUUUCAUACGAAACGAACUAGCCUCGGUGAGUCUAAUUAAUAAUUCCGCUUUUCAAACAUGUACAUAAUACGAGACGCGUUCAGGCAGACAUAAUAGACAUUUAAUACGAAAUGAAACAAGAAAAUGAAGGAAAAUUCUACUACAUUUACAUUCUUAACAUUUACACAUUAAAAUUUUUAAUGGUAUUUUUUAAUGACAUUUCAAAACACGGAUAAUCCGCAAAUUCGCGUAGCUCUUUUCUGAAGAAAUCAUCCGUAGAAGCCUCCAAAAGAAUUAUAGUAUUUUUAAUAUAUUUUUUUCAAAGUUUCUAUGUGGAAGAAAUUGUUAGAGGAAUUAAGCUUUCUUAAAUAUUAUAAUAUAUAUAAUAUAUAUAAUUGUAUAAUAUAUAUAAAUUUAAAUAUAAUUUAAAUAUAAUUUAGAAAUGCAGCCGCGUUGGAGUGACGUGUUGUUUCGUGUGAGAAUGAUCGAUUAGUUAACCCUUUGAGGACCUGAGCUUGCUAAAGGAGUCAGUUGUGGAAAAUUUAAUAUUGUCGCUGAAUUCGAAUCUGAUCUCAGAAUUACAUAAUUAAAAAACAAAAUAAAAAUGGCAGAUCCAGUGUGGAUGAAAUGGAAGAGGCAGAGUAUACUACAAAGUAUACUGAUAGUGAUCCAUCGUCAUAUUGGAUCUACCAUUUUGACUUUCACAUUCUUGAUCUCAGAUUAAACGACAUGUACCACUAUAAUCAUCCUAAUUCAAGUUUUCUGAAAAUCGAAUAAUUUUUUAAUUUUUUAUUUUAUCUUCGCGAUUUUAAGUCCGCCAUUUUCAAUUUGCUGACCUCAAAAUCAGAAAGAAUACCGUCAAAAACCCUUACGUUGUAAAUUCAAUGAAAAUUGAGUAAUAUAUAAUAUUUGCAUUUUUCAUCCAUUUUGACGUCGAUCAUAUGUCCGUCAUUUGGAAUUUCAAGUUUUUGACUUCUCAGAAUCGAAAAGAACAUAAUCAAAAACUUCCAUAUAUCACGUUUCGUGAAAAUCGAACUGGUAAUUUCUGAAGUAAACAAGAGACCAACUUAUAGUUGCUCCUGGGCCUCAAGGGGUUAAAUGAUCCAUUGAGUUCGAAUCCGACCGUCAUCUCAAAUAUGCCUCGAUGUACUGAAAUUUGCACAGAGGACACGGCAAGUGUUGUAGAAUAUUAGAAAUUAGGAAAAUUAGAUGAUUAGAAAUUAAAUGCUGUGAGUAAAAAGGUAAUAGAGGAGGUAAUAUAAAAUGAUAACUCAUUUGCGGAAAUCCAAUAUUUAAGAACGCAGCCGCGUUUGAAUUGGAAUUGACUUUCCAAGUUUGCUAGCGUAAUGCAAACUUUCCUACCAUUUCGAGUAUUACUUGAAUAUCUAUGCUGUCUGCCUGAAUAUCUUUUGAAAUAUGAAAAGCAGAAUUAUUGCACUCGGAAAUUAAUAGUUCCGAAUAGUUCCAUAUAUAAAUAUAUAUAAUAACUUCGCUAACCAACUUUUUUAUAUAGGAACUUACAAAAAAAACAUAAAUGAAGGAAUACACACUGUAUAAUUAGAUGUAUAUAAUUAACCAACAAAAAAUUGACCUUGAAUUGCAUAUACUCCAAUUUUUAUUAUAGAUAAAAAUUUAUAAAUCAUUUGUAGGGAAUUUAGAUAUUUUUAUUGGUAUCGAGAUAUCAGUGAUCUUUUUUACCAAAGUGAGAUUUGUUUAUAAACCGACUUACUAAGGUCUAAUGUGAUAUUAGAUAUUGAAUAUUAAAUAUAACAAUUAUAAUGAAUAUAUGUUUGUAAUUACUUAGAGAUUUUGUGACUAACACGUACAGAAUGCACUAAUAGUGUUUUAUGCGUUCACAUUCGGCAGCCAAAUUUCGCUGUAAUAUUUAAGUAAUAUAUCUUUAAGCUCAUAUAAUUUGUUGUUCAAUUAUGAGCACCAAACACGAUUGCUAUUACUACUGGUUUACUACUACCGAAUGAUUCAACUACUUUGUACAUGCAAAGACACGAAAGAUUGGCGCCUUACAUGUUGUAAAGUAUCUUUCUAAAUGUAAAUGCAUUGGACACUAUUAAUGUAUUCAUUGGUACUCUCUUUCCGACAUAUUUUGACUAUAUAAUAGAUUUCCAUUAUCGGAGUAUGUGCAAUCGGAGUAAAAAUACAUAUCAUCAUAUCGUAUGUUUAUUUUAUGUGUAAAAAACUGUACAAAAAUUAUUGAUGCAAAUUUUCAAUAUAACUUUAUGAAAGUUUGUCAAAUUUA